UGGAAAAUACUAGUUAUUUAGGUUAAAGUGAGGAUUAAAGGUGGAUAAACAUGUGUUGUCCUCAAGACUGAAAACAAGAAAAUGAAAUGAAAAGCAAGAUUUUCAGUGAAGGACUUGUGAACUCCCAAUUCUCAGGCAAGGACUCUCCGGCCAGCUAUAAAUAGCAACAUUUCCACAACCAUGCCACACCACCACCUCUUCCUUUUUUUCUUCAUCAAACUCUUUUCUUUCUUAUAUUCAUAUUUCCCUUUCACUUUCUCCAAAUUCUUCCACUCAACAUGACUAUCCUCAUUGAGCAACCUGAUCACCUUGGGGAUGAAGUAGAGGCAAAGACAGCACCAAUAGAUGAGAGGGAACUGGUGUUGGAUGGUGGAUUUGUGAUACCACAGACCAACUCAUUUGGGCACAUGUUUAGGGCUUAUGAUGCUGAAAGUGAAAGACAACAAGGAGUGGAGAACUUCUACAGAAAAAACCACACUUACCAAUCAGUUGAUUUUGUGAAGAAAAUGAGAGACGAGUAUGCAAAAUUGAACAGAGUAGAGAUGAGCAUAUGGGAAUGUUGUGAACUCCUUAAUGAAGUGGUGGAUGAAAGUGACCCUGACUUGGAAGAACCUCAAAUUGAGCACUUGCUCCAAACAGCUGAAGCUAUAAGGAGGGACUACCCUAACGAAGAUUGGUUGCACUUAACUGGCCUUAUUCAUGAUCUUGGCAAGGUGAUAAACUUACCUAGUUUUGGAGGACUUCCUCAAUGGGCUGUUGUAGGGGACACAUUCCCAGUUGGUUGUAGAUUUGAUGAAUCCAUUGUUCACCACAAGUAUUUUAAGGAAAAUCCAGACUACAACAAUCCAUCAUACAACACUAAAUAUGGGAUUUAUUCCGAGAAAUGUGGACUUGACAAUGUGAUGAUGUCAUGGGGACAUGAUGACUACAUGUAUCUAGUGGCAAAGAAGAAUAAUACUACACUGCCCUCUGCUGCUUUGUUCAUCAUAAGAUACCAUUCAUUCUAUGCAUUACACAGGGAAGGAGCCUAUAAGCACUUGAUGAAUGAUGAGGAUGUUGAGAAUCUGAAAUGGCUCCAUAUUUUCAACAAAUAUGACCUUUACAGCAAGAGCAACGUUCGAAUUGAUGCUGAAAGGGUCAAACCAUACUAUCUCUCCCUCAUUGAAAAGUACUUCCCUGCAAAGCUGAAGUGGUGAAAAGUUACUAGGAGCCAUAUGAAGUACAAAUAAUUUACCAUGAAAGCCAACUAGUUUGGAGUAGAGGGAAUAAUAAGCUAUGAAGAUGUGUUUCACAUUAAUUAAUUUAUGUGUUUAUUUUUCGCUUUAUAAAAUUUAGGGGUGGCAUGUGCUUCAGUUCAAAGCUAAGGGCAUUUUGGUCUCACAGAGAGCUUACAAAUGUACUAAUAUUUACAUCAAUCCAAAAAGAUGAGUGUGAGCUCCAACAUAGAUCUUGUCAUAUGCGAGAUUCUGUUUGAUUAUACCCGAUCAUUUCCUUGAGAUUAAUUAAUUUAUAUGCUUUUGUGGUACAAGAUUCUUCUAUUAAAUAAUAUUCAUAGAAUCAUAGUUAAACUCU